AUGCAGCGGCUCAGCAUCGACCACAACACGACCACCGCCAACCAUCCGGAGACAGACGGCCAGACCGAACGAACUAACCGCACGCUGGUGCAGUAUUUGCGGCUUUACACCCAACAGAACUCAUCUAACUGGCUUGAUUUUAUUGCUUGUGCAGAAUGGGUUUAUAGCACUACAGUGCAUUGGUCCACUCGCUGUUCCCCGGCGUCCCUGGUCUACACGGAAACUCCAUUCGCUGAUCCGCCGCUCCAGCUCGCUGUUGGAAGCCAAACCCAAUCGACUGCGGCUUCUGAGUUCUGCACACAGCUUGCAGCAGCGAAGAAAUGCAUGCGCAAAGCACAGGAACGUCAUGCCAGAAACUACCACAAAAGACGUUCCGCAAUUAGUUUCAACCCGAGUGACUUGGUUCUAGUGGAUUCACACGCCCCCCUUAGCGCGCAGGAGGGCGAGCAAUCCAAAAAGUUCGCCACACGAUGGGCUGGACCCUUCGCGGUGCGCUCUCGGGUCAACACCUUGGCGUACAUCCUCGAUUCGUCAACGUGGAGAUGCCAGUCCACUAUUAACGUUGGUUUCUUAAAACAGUUUCGGGAAUCCCCGCGGUUCCCUCGCACUCUAGCGAGGAAACCGCAGCAACGACUUCGCGAGCUUCCCCGCCUCGAGGACACAGAGAUCCUCGAGGCGCGGAUUAACGCCCGCUAA